CCCCGCCCAUGGAAAAAAAUCAAGUUCAUUCACAAAUUCACCGUCAGCUGCGUCCCAUUGUCCUUGCUGGCCAAUGGCGAAGCGGAUCGUUUACAUGCCGGCCUUUCGCACAGAUUGAUUAGGCAACGCCGUGUAAUUCAUGGGUUAAGUUUUGCGGGCGUGCUGGUUAGUGCGCUUACUACUACUACUGCUGCUGAUCGACCUUUCUUGCAAUGGAUUAAACUGAUGGUGCAUCUCACACCGAGUCGAUAACUGCACGUAUUUUUUUCCACGUUUUGUGAUAGGUGACAAGGCAGGUUCUGGACUGAUUUUGACGCCUCUGAAGUUUUUUUUUUACCCCAAUUACGGAGUCCGGACCCAAUUUAGCACGCAAGUUAUAUUAAUUGCGCGUCGCUUGCUCUUUGCGGGUUUUAAUUCUAGCACGCUAAUGGAGUAGCCGACACCCAUAACCGGCUGGUUUUUUAGCAGUUUUAGUAAGUUUGAGAGCUUUUGAUUCGAUACAUUUUUUAUCAUGUCAGAUCGGUCACAGAGUCCUAAUUCGGAUUGCUCAAAUCGGUCGUAUGAGCCCGGCAGGGCCAUGUACCCCCAGGUCUUGGGGCAGGAAGGGCUCGGUGGCGCCGCCCUACAGUUUUCUCAUGGUAUGCUGCAGGAUCCGAGCAUACUGUUCAACAAGGCGUCGUAUAAUGGGAUAACGCCACCGCAAGCAUUUUUCCCGUUUUCGGCAGUCGGGGGCGAAUACAGGCAUUCGGAGGUGCAGGCGGCCGACCUGGGACAACCCAGGCCUUGGUACCCCUUCGCCCCGCCGGAAUACACGGGCCAGGUAGCUGGAGCCACCGCUGCCACCCAGCCGGCAAACUUAAGUCCUCCGAUCGCCGAAACGAGGGAGCAGAUAAAGAUGCCCGAAAUAAAAACUGAGAAGGAGAUCGGGGAGUACGGGACCGAGACGAAGGUCCAGCCACAGUUUUAUCCUCCAUCCACAUCCAGCGUGCCCCCCGGCAUGUAUUAUUCCACUGCCUGGAACCCAUCUUUCUGGCCCGGCCUGACUCACAUCGCGGCUGCCAGUAACUCGGCUCCCGCAGCUGCACCCGCAUCAUCGUCGCCUUCCCUCUCGCCAUCGCCCACCGACACCAGCUAUGCCGGGGCUGGCUUUUACGGUGGGGGGUCUGCCCAAGCCCUGUCCACCCCUCCGCUGCCGAGCUCCAACGCGCGAAGCAGCGGUUCUUCCAGCGGCGGGUGCAGUGACUCCGAGGAAGAGGAGAACCUCUCCACGGAGGAGCUGGAGCAGUUUGCCAAGGAGCUGAAGCACAAGCGCAUCACACUGGGCUUCACCCAGGCGGACGUGGGUCUUGCCCUUGGGAACCUCUACGGGAAGAUGUUCAGCCAAACCACAAUCUGUCGCUUCGAGGCCUUGCAACUGAGCUUCAAGAACAUGUGCAAACUCAAACCUCUGCUGCAGAGGUGGCUAAACGAGGCGGAGACAUCGGACAACCCCCAGGACAUGUACAAAAUUGAGCGUGUGUUCGUGGACACUAGGAAGAGGAAGAGGCGGACCAGCCUGGAGGGUACAGUGCGCAGUGCCCUCGAGUCCUACUUCAUCAAGUGUCCCAAGCCCAACACACAGGAGAUCACGCACAUCUCUGAUGAUCUGGGUCUGGAGAGAGACGUGGUGCGUGUCUGGUUCUGCAAUCGCCGGCAGAAGGGGAAGCGACUGGCAUUGCCCUUCGAUGACGAGUGUGCUGAAGGCCAGUACUUCGAGCAGAGCAUGCAGGUGCCCCACAUGGGGGGCACGGCCCUCCCCGGCCAGGGUUACCCCGGCCAGGGUUACCCCGGACCAACCUAUCCUGGUGCCCCUGCCCUUUACAUGCCCCCCCUUCACAGACCAGAGGUUUUUAAACAGGCUUUGCACCCUGGACUGGUGAGUCAUCUAACCAGUUAAGCUCCACCCCCGACUCACACUCCACAUGUAAGGAGGACUCUCCUGUUGUUCCGCUUCCUGCUUGUGGGUCUGGCUGCUUGGACACGAGAGCCCAUCCAUCACCUGAGGACCCUGGAUAAACCGUUUUAAUUCUGAUUGGACAGGAUAUAAAGCUCGACUUCUGGUCUGACUAAAGCUGUAUGGACUGACCUGCAGUUCACACCCCCUCCCCCUUUGCACAUUAGCUAGUGGGUUUUCUCAGAAGUGAGCUGCUGAUUAAGUGAACUUUUAUUUCCUGGCAGGCCAUACUGUGUUCUCAUCUGCUUUCUACUUUUGGGGAGGGGGGGGGGGGGGGGGCAACUUGCAAUAUUUAAACAAUGAUGGGUCAGGGUACUUGCUUGAAAUUUAGACCUGUACUCCUGGUAAAUGCCAUUCGAGUACUUUAAUUUCAUUAAAGUUGUGUAUAUAUUUUCCCCAUUUAUGAACUCCUGUACGGUUAGCAUUGGUAUAUGUAUAUGCUAAGUCUGAUGGCGAUUUACCUACUUGGUGUCAGUUGUCUUUUGACUAAAUCUGUGUGGCCAAAUUUCCUCACAGGAGCUUGGCAGUAUGUCGUCCACCUGAUCCUUUCGGUAGCCAUAGUCUCUCUACCUCAGCGAGCUUUGCUCAGCUAUUCUAAACCCUCAAACACUGUGCCUUUUUUACCUUCUGUGUUUCCGGUCUGGAGAUACACGUUGAAUUUAGCCCUUGGUUUGUGACCUAAACCCCUUUUUUUUUUUUAAUUUUUUUUUUA